AAUUUGCAAGUGUUUUUCAUUAAAACAGAAAGGCGGGCGAACACAUUUGAUGUCUGUCUCGGUGUGAGGAGAACAUGUCUGUAUGCUUUUGGGCACAAUCCACCUCAACAGCGAUCCUCAUCUAAAAGGUUUUUUUUAAAUAGAAAAAAAUAGAAUAUUUUUCCUCAUCGGUUUGAACGUACGUCGAUUCAGCACAGACGAAAGCAGCGCCGCUCUCUGUGACUGCCACUGAGUUCAUUUCCAUAGAUAUAAGUGUAGAGUUGUAAUAAUGUAUUAAAGCUGGUGUGAUUGUACAUUCAAAAUUCACACUCAUCCCAUCUUUUGCCUAAACACUCAAGUAUGCACAGGCUGUAAUGUUAAAUGUGCCAAGCUUCCCAUGCCCUCAGGUGUAUGCCAGGGGUUUGUUGUUUUCACUGUAAUAUAUAGUUAGCCCUUCCACCAAUUUACCCUGUCAGUACUAAUGGGGCAAUUAACCAUUGUGAUACCCCCCAGGCAGAAGGAACAGCAAAAGCUCCACAACUCCAAACUUGUCUUUAUGACAUUUAUAUGACAAAAUAUGGGGGGAAGCUGGGGACCCAUCUGACACCUUGGAGGGUCCUUAAUGUCACUCCCUCACUUACCUCCGCCCCUUUCUGCCCCAGGGUAUGGCACUGAGAAGGAAGUGUAAUGCAUCAUGUGUGGACAGGCUCGGGCCUCUUCCAAGAGAGAGGAAACUUUGUACUACAUCCAAAGGCUCAGUGGGACAACACUGAUUUAGUCCUUCACGCACUCUGUCCCGUACUGUGGGAUUAUAAAUGUAAACUGCCUCAUAUGCAGACACACUUCCAGUCAAUACACUCUGGCUUGACCUCACCUUUCACUCCUGCCUUUUUGGGUGUCUCUUUGUCUGCGCUCACAUUCCCCCUGUCCUUCUUACAUCCCCAAGGAGGCAAUAACCUCCCUAGCAAGAGCUUCCCCUUGAGCCGUUGUCAUAGUAACUAGUAGGCUGGUCGACAUGACAACCCCUACCAUGGUCCAGAGAUAGAUGAUAGGCCAGAAACGGGGAGGGAGAAGGCACAUGGGAGAUUUGCACCCCCCACCCCGCUUUAAUUUGCUUUGCCUGAUUUUGAUUCAAAAUCUUGUUGUUUUUUUCUCACUAAGGGUGAGGUUCAGCCAGCUUCAGUCUCCUUUCCAGUUGCACAGAUGGAUUUCCCCUUGGGGAUCAAUAAAAUGUAUCAUCUUAUUCCAUCUCAUCUCACCUGAUCUCAUCUCAUCACCAUGUCGACCAUGGCCUCAAAACAGGAGGGCAUUAAUAACACUAAUGGCAGAUGGAGGUCAUGAGUAUGCCUACAGCUCCGCUCUGAAAUUUACCUGCAAAACUGAGCAACACCGCCCCUCGAUGGACGGACUUGUAACUGAGCGCUACCCGGCAAAACACACUGGAAAGGCUCUUCUCGGCCACCGUACAUUCGCGGAAAUUGUCAAAACAUUACUAAGCCAGAAUUUGAGUAUGGAAGACGAAUGGGAAGAGGAGGAGCAGAUUGUUGUGGUGGAGCUCUCUGGUAUAAUCAACAAUGACUUUCUGACCAAGAGUGGGGGCACAUGCAAGAUACUGGACAUUGACAGCGACAGACCCAUGAUGCAAGUUGGACCGUAUGUGUUUGCAGGAGAAUAUGAAGAUGCUUUGGGAACUUGUGUGCUGUUUGAGGAGACACCAGGAAAAGGAAAAGGAGUUGGUGGUCUAGAUCUGAAGUACUUAUGCCACACAGCGAAGAAACUGAAAAUGCAACGAAUCUUUCUUGCAGAGAAGAAAGAGGGUGAAGCAAGCACAGGAAGCUGUGAUGGUGGGAAACAGAUGGACACAACCUGUGAAUCCAGUCAAGGAGAAAAUGUUAACCUGCGCGACAAGACAGAAGAAGAUGGGGACAAUGCAGAUUUGGAUAACUCAGCAGUUGGCUGAGAUAUAGAGACUUUGCUGUGCCAUAAGCUCCCAUUGUUACAUAAAACACUUUAAUUUUUAUGGCUCUGAGAGACUCUGUAAGAAAAACAAACUCAUGCCAGUUAGAUUACACUUCAGAGCUAACCAGGAGACAUGUUUGAGUUACUGUUAUUUUUACACAAUGUGUAAUUGUUGCCUUUUUUAUACUGAGCCUCUAUGUCGGCAAAUGUCAUGCAUAAGUUGUUAAAUAUUUUAUGCAAAACAUGAAUGUAGUUAAAUCACACCCGAAUAAAAAACAGAAUUUGUCAUAGGUUG